AUGUCCGAACAAGUACAAACCCCUAAAGAUCAAAAAAUGGUUCCGACCUCACCUUCUAUUGAUAAAUCCAUUCUAAAUGAUAAAUGGGAUCUAGUUCUAUCGAACGUUCUAGUCAAGACUGGGCUAGGCUUUGGGGUAGGUGUUGCAGCAUCUGUUCUUUUCUUCAAACGUCGUACUUUUCCUGUAUGGUUAGGUAUCGGUUUUGGUGUUGGUAGAGGUUACUCAGAAGGUGACGCCAUCUUCCGUUCUACAGCAGGUGUAAGAACAGUAAAAGUUUAA